UGGAGCCGACGCACUCCUUCCCUAGACCGUCGAGCCAAUCUUGGAAUGUUUGUAGUAGGCUGAAAAUACAGAAACUUUAAGCUAUUUUUUUCUCUUCGGCAAACUCCAGGCCCCUCCAAUCUCUAGCUGUCAUUUCUGCCCUUGUCCCACCCCUGUAGCUGCCUGCCCCUUUUCCUAUCCGCUAGCGGAAGUCCCUGUGGAGGACCAGCCUACUUCCUCUUUGGUGCUAGGAGUGUGCGUGGCAGGAGAGGCGGGGCCAAUUUUGCUGAGCUUUCUCGCGGGCUUGCUGGCGGCGGCUGCUCGCGCAAGUCAGCUGGCGUGGGAACUAGCCUUUGUAGCUGAGAACGGCUUGUUUAUUGCUACAAAGACUCUAUUGACAUUGGUAGCUCCAGCGGCAGCAGCUUCUUACGGUAUAAAGCUGUUGCUUCCUGAAGAGGCUACAAGCAUCCUUCCCUAGGACUGCUGUAAGCUUUGAGCCUCUAGCAGGAGACAUGCCUCGGGGACGAAAGAGUCGGCGCCGCCGUAAUGCGAGAGCCGCAGAAGAGAACCGCAACAAUCGCAAAAUCCAGGCUUCAGAGGCCUCCGAGACCCCUAUGGCCGCCUCUGUGGUAGCGAGCACCCCCGAAGACGACCUGAGCGGCCCCGAGGAAGACCCGAGCACUCCAGAGGAGGCCUCUACCACCCCUGAAGAAGCCUCGAGCACUGCCCAAGCACAAAAGCCUUCGGUGCCCCGGAGCAAUUUUCAGGGCACCAAGAAAAGUCUCCUGAUGUCUAUAUUAGCGCUCAUCUUCAUCAUGGGCAACAGCGCCAAGGAAGCUCUGGUCUGGAAAGUGCUGGGGAAGUUAGGAAUGCAGCCUGGACGUCAGCACAGCAUCUUUGGAGAUCCGAAGAAGAUCGUCACAGAAGAGUUUGUGCGCAGAGGGUACCUGAUUUAUAAACCGGUGCCCCGUAGCAGUCCGGUGGAGUAUGAGUUCUUCUGGGGGCCCCGAGCACACGUGGAAUCGAGCAAACUGAAAGUCAUGCAUUUUGUGGCAAGGGUUCGUAACCGAUGCUCUAAAGACUGGCCUUGUAAUUAUGACUGGGAUUCGGACGAUGAUGCAGAGGUUGAGGCUAUCCUCAAUUCAGGUGCUAGGGGUUAUUCCGCCCCUUAAGUAGAUCUGAGGCAGACCCUUGGGGGUGUAAAAGAGAGUCACAGGUACCCCAAGGAGUAGAUGCCAGGGUCCUAAGUUGAAAAUGAUGUCGAUUGGGGGCGGGGGACACUGUAUUUGAUAUUUGUGAUCAGUGAUCAUUGUUCAACUGCGAAAUAGAGUGUUUGCUUUUGAUAAUGGAAAAUUGUAUUCGUUUUAAAAUUCCGUUUGUUGAGAAUAACAUAUGUUUAAAAAUAUAAUUGAACAAAUUUUUUUCUUUGUUUCCUGUCAUUGACAUUUAGUAUGACAGUUUUGCUAACGUUCUAAAAUGAAGUCGUUCCAUCAUAUUCUAUGAUCUUGUACAGCACUUAUAGAAAUAAGCUGUUCUUUUGAAGUUGAAAUACCCAGUAAAAUGUUGAAGAAGGAUGGAGGAUUUCUUCAUAUCUGACGUUUCUGAAACCCUUUGUGUCUGCUGUUGUGUGAAGAUUGACAUUUACCAUGAUUUUCCUUAGUUACUGCAGAACAUAGAGAAAAAUAAAAGCCUAACGAAUAGUA